AGUCUGUUAACACGAGGUUGUAAGUGCGAGGCUUCAGGGGUGAGCUGCUGGUGAGGCGGUCAGCGCAAUGCCCAAGGCUAAGGGCAAAACUCGGAGGCAGAAGUUCGGCUAUAAUGUCAACCGAAAGCGUCUGAAUCGGAAUGCUCGACGGAAGGCAGCGCCACGGAUCGAGUGCUCCCACAUCCGACAUGCCUGGGACCACGCCAAAUCCGUGCGGCAGAACCUGGCGGAGAUGGGGUUGGCCAUGGAUCCCAACAAGGCGGUUCCCCUCCGUAAGAAAAAGGUGAAGGCCAUGGGCAUGGACAUUGACGUGGAGGAGAGGCCUAAGGAGCUUGUGCGGAAGCCCUAUGUGCUAAAUGAUCUAGAAGCAGAAGCCAGCCUCCCAGAAAAGAAAGGAAACACCCUGUCUCGGGACCUCAUUGAUUAUGUCCGCUACAUGGUGGAGAAUCAUGGAGAGGACUAUAAGCGGACACAACAUCUUUGUUGGUAUGUGGUGCUGAGGAUCCAACCCGGGCCGCACGCAUGCCAGGCGAGCGCACUAUCGCUUGAGCCACAUCCUUAGCCCUCGAUGUUGUUUUUAAAGAACUGAACAACUUAAACUAGUUGCCAUUUUAGGUGUGGGAGGGAUAAAACCAUAUAUAUAUAUAUUUUUUUUUUAGAAGAGAGAAUUUUUAAUAUUUAUUUUUUCAGUUUUUGGUGGACACAAUAUCUUUAUUUUUAUGUGGUGCUGAGGAUCGAACCCAGUGCCCCCCGCAUGCCAGGCGAGCGCGUUAUCUCUUGAGCCACAUCCCCAGCCUGGUAUAUAUUUUUGAUUUUUUUUUUUUUUUAAUUGAAAGAGCUGGCUAUACUGGACCUCUGCGCUGGUUGUCUAUGGGAAAGGAACUAUUUAGCGGGCUAUAGUUCCUAUUUGGCCCACUGAACUCUUGGUUCUACCUGGUCCUUAAAGACAUUUGUACCCAUUUCCCUAGCCCCAUAGUACAGAAGGGUUCCACAUAUACCAUGGUUUUUUGAGGUGAGGCAUCUGGACCUCAAGGUAGGAAAUGGCUUGCUCAAUUCAGGCAGAGCCAUUGAAGCCAGAAUUAGACAAGCAGUCAGUAUAGAUAGGUAAAUCAAGUCAGGUUGAUCAAGGAAAUCAAUUUUGAAUGAGUAUGGAAAGUUGGAGACUGUCCCCUGAGGGACUGAAAUCUUAAUUCCUUCAGAGCCCUUCCUCCACCCUUAUCAAGAACCUGCCCCUGCUCCAAUCUGUUGCUAAGGUAACCUAUCCCAGGAAUUGCCCCUCCCUACUGGGAGCUAUGUGUCCUGGGCUGCUCCAUCCUGCCCUUCCCCCUUCAGCCCACCUUUUUCCCACCUUUUGGCCACCACACCAAGCAUUCCUGGGCCUAGUCAUGUAAGCAGGAAAGAGGGAUAAAGGCAAAAUACCUCGCUUCUUGGCAUACUAGGAUACCAGCUAUGCCCCCUUCUCCCGAGAGAAGUCUGUUACCCUCUUUUAAAUAAACACUGCUUUAUAUGCUU